CCCGGCUCCGUCGCUGGCGGCACCUUGUUAGAAGCGCAGCAUAUUCUGCUGAAAACGAGCUAGGAUAGUCGGGAAUCGCACAUCCAGGAGUGGAUCCCGGUAUGGGGGACAUGAAGACCCCAGAUUUUGAUGACCUUUUGGCAGCGUUUGAUAUCCCCGACAUAGAUGCCAAAGAGGCCAUACAGUCCGCUCCUGAUGAUGCUGAGGGACCCCACGGACCUGCAGGUGCACCUUUGGGAAAGCAGGAAGGCGUGGUGGGUGUGGGGUCCUCUCUGAGGCCGCCCAGUCCCGCAGACAGCCAGGCAGACACCUCCAUCGUGAGUGUGAUUGUAAAGAACAAAGUUCGUCACGAGGCCGUAGAUGGUGGGGACGGAGACUCUGACCAGCACCCCAUCGAUAUGAUGGCAGGAGCGGACGCGGGUCCACGACUUGGUGCUUGUGCGGAAUCUGAAGCCCUCAAUCACAACGGUUUCGGAGCAUCCAGUGUCUCCACGCCGCUCCCCCUCGGCCAGAAUCAGUCCAAUGGCGCUCCCUGGUCUGUGAACACUCCCAAAGCGUCUGCAGAAGCGGCUGGUGUCAGUACGGCCAAGUCUCACAAGCAGGGGGGAAACAUUUUCAACAGACUGAAACCGCUGGUGGCGCAGGGGUCUGGAGAUCCAGUGGGUCGGGCCAGGAAAAUGCAGCUCCUGCAGCAGCAGCACCAACAGCAGCAGGAUACGGUUGAGGAGAGAGCAGACGCUGUCAAAGCCUCACUACCUUCGUCUUCCUCAGUUUCCGCCGGGUCCUCUUCUCUAGCCGCCGGACUUGCCCUGCCAUUCUUUCCACCGCCCAAGCCUCUGCUUUCAGCUCCUCCUUCUGCACCUUCAUCGCAACCUUUUAACGGCGCCCCAAAAGGCGGGGCGGGGGGGUUUCAGCACCAGGUGGAGGAGGAGGAUUCAGACCCAGAUUUGGGGAGUCCGCUUGUUAUCCAGGAAAACCCAGACUCUCCAGCUAGCGCUCAGAUGAGCAGACGAUACAAGUCUGAUUCAGUUUCGUCGCAGCCAGCAUCCUCUACUGCAUCCCAACCAAAACCGGGGAACACUCCGUCUGCACCCGUCCCACAGCCCAGCUCAGCGGAGGCUCCACAGGUGGAGGAGAGACAUCCAGAACAUGUUAUAGAGGAGAGAGAUUCGCCAGAGAGCCCCGAACCAGAGAUGCCAAACUCAGCAGCUCAGGUCCCAGGGAAGACGUGCUCCAGUCCCGCUGUGGCUUCCACUCCGCCUCCCUCAGAGCUGCGGGUGCCUAAAGAGGAGGAGGUGGAGAUGGAAGUGGGAAACGGGAUCGAUAGGGUUGUGGACGGCAAAGGAGAAAAGGGAGAAAAUAUGAGGACCAGUGAGGAGAAUAUGGAGGUGGAUGAUGGCAAGUCUAAACCUUCCUCCACUGAUGGAGGGGAAAUUGCUCCAAGUGCUGUACCUGCACCGCCUGGAGCUCCAUCCCGGCCCCUUAAAGUCAGGAUAAAAACCAUUAAAACCUCCACUGGUGGGAUUACCAGGACGGUCACUAGAGUGGCGUCAAAAGGUGGUGCUGGAGGAAAAGGCUUGGAGCCAAAAGCUCAAACUGGGGAACACAAGCUUUUAGCGAACAAAACCCAGAAACCCGUUCUCACCACGACAUCAUCCCAAAAAGUAAGUGCUCUAAAUUCUCUGCCUGUUUCCACGCUUGCAGCCAGCAGUGUCAUGCUCGCCGCUGCCACUAAAGUCCAAAACAAGAUGGCAUCUACGGACAAGGCAAAGGUCUCAGCCACGGCCGUCAGCAUCACCAAGUCUGCCGCCCUGCCUGCAACACCCGCCGUGGCCUCUUCCCCAAAGUUCUCCGUCGCUGCCAGCGGGAUAAGCGUCCGCACGGCCACCAACAAAUCGGCAAAUGGAGGCGGCACCGCCAUCUCGGGCAACACCCUCCAGGCAAACAAACCCGCGUCAAUCGUUAACAACACAGGAGCCGUCAUCUCCCGGAGCCAGUCGAGCCUGGUGGAGGCUUUCAACAAGAUCCUGAACAGCAAAAACCUCCUGCCGAGCUACAAGCCCGACCUCUCUGCGCCUCCGCCGCCCGAGUGGGGGCUCCCGCUGCCCGCCACAGGUUACCGUUGCCUGGAGUGUGGAGACGCAUUCGCCCUGGAGCGCAGCCUGGCGCGGCACUACGACCGGCGCUCACUCCGCAUUGAGGUCACCUGCAACCACUGCGCCAAGAGGCUGGCCUUCUUCAACAAGUGCAGUUUGCUGCUGCACGCCAGGGAGCACAAGGAGCGUGGCCUGGUCAUGCAGUGUUCCCAUCUGGUCAUGAGGCCUGUCACAGUGGAGCAGAUGAUUGGCCAGCAGGACAUUAUGCCGAUUGGUGGCCUGCUUACUUCUUCGUCCUCUCCUCCAGUCUCUUCUCCCUCUGCCACGUCAGGAGGUCCUGCCGCCACCGCUACCUCCAGCCCCAUGAAGGACACCUCAUCUCCGGCUGCAGCAGCUCCGCCUCGACCUGUCCGCCGUGCUCCUCAGGGGCCCCAGGCCUUGAUGCCGCUGCCGUGCAAGAAGGCUGAGGGGCUGCAGUACAACAACUUCAAGUGUCCAGAGUGCCAAACGCAAUUCUCCAGCAAGGCAGAGCUGGUAACUCACUUCCAGCAGAUCAGAGGUGCUCCCAGUUCGACGUGCAGCCAAUGCUCACCUCCAAUGAUGCUCCCUAACUCGUGCGCCGUCUCCGCCCACCAGAGGAUCCAUAAACACAAAGCCCCAUAUGUUUGUCCUGAGUGUGGUGGGACUGCGCGGCAGACCAGCUUCCAGACUCACCUGGAUGAGGCCUGUCUUCACUUCGCCAGGCGCAUUGGCUACAGGUGCUCUAGCUGCCAGGUUGUGUUCGGAGGCCUGAACUCCAUCAAGUCCCACAUCCAGACAGCUCACUGUGAGGUCUUCCACAAGUGCCCCAGCUGCCCCAUGGCCUUCAAGUCCUCCCCCAGCGCCCAAAACCACAUUAGCACCCAGCACCCAACGCUAACAGGAGGACAGGCCAAGAUGAUCUACAAGUGCGUGAUGUGUGAUACGGUUUUUACCCAGAAACCCUUGCUCUACAUGCACUUUGACACCCAUUUAGCCAAGCAGAAAGUGCAUGUGUUCAAGUGUCCCGACUGCACCAAGCUCUACGCCCAGAAAGGCUCCAUGAUGGAGCACAUCAAGACCGCCCACAGAGGCCCUGCAGCCAAACAGGAGUCUCAGCCUGACACCUCCAACCCAGCCUCAGCUCCCACCAACUCGUCCAGCCCAUCCGGCCUCAAGUUGAAACCCUCUGCAAAGCCCGACACCUCAGACGGCGAGGACUGGGGGCGGGAGCAGGAGGAGGAGGAGGAAGAGGAGGAGGAUGAUGACGAUGAGGGAGAUGAGGACUACGAAGCCCCAGGUGGCCAGUCUGGUGGCGGCACAGGGGGCAGUGGUCAUUCCACUGCCGUGAACGAGUGGACAUGCCCUCAGUGUCAGACCACCUUUACUGACAACGACGACUACCAGAGUCAUGUGAAAAUGGAGCACGGCAAGUUCCCUUGUCGUAUCUGCGGCGGAACGUUCAGCACUUCUUCCAGCCUGCGACGUCACGAAAGGGUCAUUCAUGAGGGCAAUAAAAGAGUCUUCCACUGCCAGUUUUGCACAGAAGGUAAGAGAACAUUUGGCAGCCGCUUCUUGUUGGACAAACAUAUUCGACUCCAUCACAGACCAACAGAUGGACAGGGUCCUCCUCUGACCAGGAAGAGAGCAGCUACAGGAGGUGAAGGAGCGGGCAGCUCCUCUGAACAUGAUGGCGAGGUCGGUCCUCCUGCAGGCAGGCAGGCAGACGAAGAGGAAGGCGCCACAGAGGAGGGCGGAGGCCCCGCAAAGAGAACCAGAGCAUCGAUGGCUUCAAACUCAUCAGCACCUAGCGAGCUGGAGGAGGAGGACAGCAUCUUCCGCUGCGUCCCCUGCGGCUUCUCCACGGAGGACGGCGCCGAGUUCCAGCGUCACAUCCCGCAGCACCGAGGUGACACGGCCGCCUUCCAGUGCCUGCAGUGCGGUGUCUGCUUCGCGUCGGCCGGCUCGCUCAGCAGACACCGCUUUAUCACUCACAGGGUGCGAGACACGCAGAACGACACGGAGCGCGGCACACCGCGUGCUCCAGGCUCGCCGAGCACCUCUCCCGGCGACGCCUCCCCGUUGGCACACCUGGAAGACGGAGACGGGAACCUGGGCUGCAGGGUGUGUGGGCGGCGGUUCGACAAGGCGACCGACCUCAACACGCACUUCAGGACCCACGGCAUGGCCUUCCUCACCGCGCACAAGACAGACAAACCCCAGUAGGGGAGGGAGGGAUGGGGGGCUGUAGAACAUGAAUGUUAAAGAGACCUUUUUUUUUUUUUUGAAGAUCACCCAGAAACAUUUUAUCCUCUACGGCACCUCCUAUGUGCGACUGUAGCUGCAUGUUAGAUCUUAUUACACCUGUGCUAGUCUUGUAAGAAGCUCUUUCUGGGUAAUAGCCUUUAUAACAGCCAUUUUUACCUGUCCUCCCAUUUCCGACAGCGCUCACCCACCAUAUCCACACAUCUCGUCUGCACGUCACCUCGCCUUCACGCUGCCUGUUCCACUCCGGUUUUUACCCCAACGCCUCCUCACGUUGGUGAAGGAGAGCCAAAUGAAGCAUGAAGUGGAGCGCCUAAAGAAAACUGACUGAUUUUUAAUGUUGCAAUAUUUAUUUAUACUAAAAAUGUCACUGCUGUUUGUAUCUUAGAGAGUCUGUGCAACAGAAACCUGAGAAAAAAUGGUUGCAGGAAGUCUGUGACCCGGUUGGUGUGAAUAAUUGUGAGGUUGUUAAUUGUUGAAGCUAGAAGAAGAGAUUCCUGUCAGUAGUGCAAGUGUACGAAGUUUUUCCUGUGUAAAUACAUACAAGUACACUAAGAAAGCGUUCUGGUUUUAGUAACUUACUAUGAUAAUGUGAAUAUGUGUAGUAUUUGUACUUGUAAUGUUCAACCCUUAAAAAUGGUAAAAGUUGAAAAGAAAACAAAUCUUCCCAGAGUUAGUUCAUUAUGAAAACAAAGCAAAGGAGAGAACGUGUUUCGUCUCAACGUCGAUGAAAACACGAAAUUUCUCUCUAAGGCCGUUCUUUUGCAACUACCGGAUCAGUGCUUGCUGUACCCACACUUUUCUUUUUGUACGUUUAAGCCCUCGCAAUUGCCCAGUGGAGGCCUGCGAGCGGACUUUGUAAUUUUUUUAUAUGUCAUAUCAUAUUUAUAUAGCUCUAUAGUGGCGAUUUUAUGUCAUUUUAUUUUCCAUGGUUGUGGUCUGCUUGCUAAAAUGCCAUACACUUCUGUGCUGUUUGGAAAUAAAUGUGGAAAAUAUCUGAAAAUGUG